AUGGCAAACCCCAAAGACCAACUCUCCGCCCAACUCCAGAGCAAAUCCCUCCCGGUGUCCUCGACCUGGCUAAACAACUUCCUCGCGCACCAACGCAACAUCCCCAUAACAGCAUUAACGCAGACAGCACUCUUCCGGAUCCUCAACUCCGAUCUCCGCGAAUCUCUCAACUCCCGAAACCCGAACUCCAUACUCCCUGUCGACAUCUUUGACCCCAAUGUGCAAGAGCGCCGACUCACCGACUCCAUACCGGUCCAAGUCCUAGACAUUGAAGACAUUGGCACUAGCAUUUGGAGCCAGGUCGAAGCUAUUGAACGCGUGGAGCGUGGAGAGGCAGUACGAGGCAGGGAGAUUGUGCGGACGGUUAAUGUAGGCGGUGAUGAGGGGGAUGGUGGUGCGAAUUCUGGUGCAAAUCCGAAUCCGAACGAGAGCAACGGGCCGCAUCGGUUGAUUCUCCAAGAUGCGAAGGGAACAAAGGUUGUGGGAAUUGAGAUGACGGGGAUAAAUGGGAUUGGGAUCGGUAAAUUACCCAUUGGGGGGAAAUUGCUGUUGCGAAAUGCAACAGUUGCUCGAGGAAUGGUUCUGUUAACGCCUGAGAGUGUUUCGCUGCUCGGGGGGAAGAUUGAGGCGAUGGAUCAGGCUUGGAAGACUGAUAGAAAGGCAAGAUUGCUGGAGAGGGUUACGGGCACCGGGAGUUAA